AUGCAGAGAAAUGACAUUACAACAUCGAAGUAUACGAUAUUGACAUUCCUUCCGAUCAACCUGUUUGAACAAUUUCGACGUGUAGCUAAUGCCUAUUUUCUUUUUCUACUAAUUUUACAGUGUAUACCACAAAUUAAUGCUCUGAACCCGAUAUCGACGGCAGUGCCAUUGGUUAUAGUGCUAGGAAUCACUGCUGCCAAAGACGGUGUAGAUGACUAUAAGCGGCAUCAAAGUGAUAGGAAAAUUAAUAAUAGAGAAGCAACAGUAUUGCAAAAUGGAAGCUUUCAACCUAUAAAAUGGAAAGAUGUAAAAGUUGGCGAUAUUGUUCGGAUAGAAAACAAUCAGCACGUUCCAGCGGAUAUACUAUUAUUGUCGACAAGUGAGGCAAGCAUGUUCUGCUUUAUUGAAACCGCUGAUCUUGACGGCGAAACCAACUUAAAAAUUCGUCAACCACUUGCCGUUACUGGAAAAAUAGGAGUAAACGAAGGCUCUUAUGUCAACUUUACUGCAACAUUGCAAUCAGAGUUACCAAAUAAUCGACUAAAUAAAUAUCAAGGGACACUUGAAUACAAUGGUGAAACCUAUGCGAUUGAUAAUGACAAAAUACUAUUGAGAGGAUGUGUUUUACGUAAUACAAAGCAGAUAUAUGGUACUGUAGUGUUUACUGGAAAAGAUACGAAGCUGAUGCAAAACAGUGGUUCGCCGCGUUUCAAGCGCACCCGUUUAGAUAGAGUCAUGAAUUCAUUAGUCUUACUGAUUUUUGUCAUACUUUGUUGCUUUUCUCUUAUUGGUGCAAUUCUUGGAGGUUUAUGGGAAGGUAGCACAGGCCAAUAUUUCAGGCGUUACCUCCCGUGGGAAACUUAUACUCAUGACCCUGCCAGCAUCGGAGCUUUGUUGUUUCUAUCUUACAUUAUACUAUUGAAUACUUUAGUGCCAAUAUCAUUGUAUGUCAGGCAAAUCAUCAGAUUGGGUCAAAGCUGGACUAUUGAUUGGGAUAUUAAGAUGUAUCAUGAAAAGACUGAUACGCCUGCGAAAGCUAGGACUACGACUUUAAAUGAAGAGUUAGGGCAGAUUGAAUACAUUUUUUCGGAUAAGACUGGUACUUUAACGCAAAAUGUCAUGACAUUCAAUAGAUGCUCUAUCCUUGGAACAGUCUAUGGUCAGUUAAUAGCUAUAGAAUUAUCUGAGCGAUCAUUUUCAACCAAUAAAAAGGUUGAUUUUUCUGCAAAUCGCUUUUGCACUCCAAAAUUUGAAUUUUUCGAUCAAAAUUUGUUGCAAGAUUGUCAUGAUGGUAUUAAGGACGUUCAAGAAUUUUUUCGUUUGCUUGCGUUAUGCCAUACGGUAAUGGCUGAGGAGUCAGAAGGAGAAUUGGUGUAUAAAUCUCAAUCACCAGAUGAAGCGGCUUUAGUCGAAGCAGCAAGAAAUUUCGGCUUUGUUUUCACGAAACGAUCUUCCUCGAUGGUGAUUUUGGAAUGCCUAGGACAAGAGGAACAAUACGAACUUUUGUGUACAUUAGAUUUUAACAACGUUCGAAAGCGAAUGUCGGUUAUCGUACGCCACGGAAACGAAAUUGUGUUGUAUUGUAAAGGAGCAGAUACUGUCAUAUAUGAACGCCUCGAAGGUUCCAGUCCUGACGUGCAGAGUAAAACCACUGAUCAUUUAAAUUCCUUUGCUGGUGAGGGUCUCCGUACUUUGUGCUUGGCAAAGAAAAUAAUUGAUCCAAAAUUUUACACUGAGUGGAAAGUUAGACACCACGCUGCCAACACUGCGACUAUCGACAGAGAUGAGAAAUUAGACGCGGUGUACGAAGAGAUUGAGCAAAACUUAACUCUAAUUGGAGCUACUGCCAUUGAAGACAAACUUCAAGAUGGCGUUCCAGAGACAAUAGCAAACCUUACACAAGCAAAUAUUAAGAUUUGGGUCCUGACUGGAGAUAAACAAGAAACGGCUAUAAAUAUCGGUUAUUCCUGUCGAUUACUGACGGAGAGCAUGGACGAAGUUUUUAUUAUUAAUGGAAAUAAUUUGGACUCUGUAAGAUCAUCUAUUGAAAAUUUUCAGCAGCGAAUAACUGAUAUCAAAGGGCAACCGCGAAAUGAAAACAAUGCACAAACUUCUCAGGAAGAUCGGGAUGUAUUUGGAUUAGUAAUCAACGGUGAUAGUUUGGCGUACGCUUUAGCAGACGAUUUAAAAUUGACCUUUUUAAAUCUAGCAAGUCAAUGCAAUGCAAUAAUUUGCUGUCGAGUUACUCCCUUACAGAAGGCCCUUGUAGUAAAGCUUGUCAAGGAUAAUAAAAAUGCUGUUACAUUAGCUAUUGGUGACGGUGCAAAUGAUGUCAGCAUGAUAAAAGAGGCUCAUAUUGGUGUUGGAAUCAGUGGUCAAGAGGGCAUGCAAGCUGUAAUGUCGACUAUAUUUUUUCAUAUUAAAUUCAAAACAUUACAUUUCGAUCUUUUCUUUAACGACAAUUUUAAAUUUCUUGAGCGUCUUUUACUCGUUCAUGGUCGUUGGGAUUAUAUGCGAAUGUGCAAAUUUUUGAAUUAUUUCUUCUACAAGAACUUUGCCUUCACGCUUUGCCAUUUCUGGUUCGGUAUUUUCAGUGGCUUUUCAGCUCAGGCUAUAUAUGAUAGCUGGUUUGUUACAUUGUAUAACGUGGUAUUUACAUCAUUGCCGGUCAUUGGUCUUGCUAUUCUUGAGCAGGAUGUUAACGAUAAAUACAGCAUUCGACAUCCUCAAAUGUACGUCCCAGGCCAACAAAAUGUCCUCUUCAACGAGAAAAUAUUUAUGGCGUCUCUAUUUCAAGGGGUUUGCGCUUCGUUGGCGCUAUUUUUUAUUCCAUAUCUAGCAUUAUAUAUGGGAGGCGUUGAUUAUAAUGGUAUUACAUUAGAUAAUUUGCAGUUUCUUGGAACUGUAAUUGCGUUUACAUUGGUAAUAGUCGUGAAUUUACAGAUUGCUUUGUAUACGAAGCACUGGAACGUUAUUAUGCACGUUUUUAUAUGGGUCAGCAUGUUAUCAUUCGUAGUGUAUGCGUUUAUAUUUUAUUCCUAUGCGUUCUUUUCGCUAUCCGCUUCACAAUUCAACUACGUUCGAAUUCACUUUCAAGUAUUCUCCAAUCCUUAUGCUUGGUUUGUUACUGCAGUUGCAACGGUCUUUAUUCUAACACCAAGUGUCUUACAAGAAUAUUACAAUACAACUAUUCGGCCUUCGUUAACGGAGCGGAUACGAUGGCAACAAAUUAAUCAUGGAGACAUCGAUGAUGGCUCUUUACAUUCGGCUACUGUAAAACGUAGAAGAUCAACUCACUCUGGCUUCGCCUUUUCACAAGAACCUGGUAUUAGUAGUGUUAUUUGUGCGGAUAACCCAAAUACGCGUUCCACACCGGUACCAGUAUAA